CUCACACUCCCUCUUAUAUAAAUUUAGCGGCAAAACCCCCCACGUUAAUCGGAGAUCGAAGAAAACUAAAAAAAGAAAAGGGGGUGAGAUGGGGAUUGCGGAGGAGAGCAAAAGGCCGAGGUUUCUCUGUCUUCAUGGCUUCAGGACAAGCGCCAACAUCCUCAAGAAACAGGUUGGUAAAUGGCCUGAAUCCGUGCUCGGCAAUAUUGAUCUCGUCUUUGUAGACGCUCCUUUUCCGGCCCAAGGAAUAUCUGACGUCAAGGGAAUUUUCGACCCUCCUUAUUACGAAUGGUUCCAAUUCAACGAGGAAUUUACGGAGUACAGGAACUUCCAGGAGUGCCUUGAUUACAUCGAAGAUUGCAUGAUAAAGCAUGGACCCUUCGAUGGCCUAUUGGGUUUUUCCCAGGGAGCGAUUCUAUCGGCCGCUUUACCAGGUCUGCAGGCAAAGGGUUUGGCGCUGACUCGAGUUCCCAAAAUUAAAUUUGUUAUAAUAAUCGGAGGGGCGAAGUUUAUGUCGCCGACGGUGGCGGAUAAUGCAUACGCGUCGCUCAUCGAAUGUCCAUCCGUCCACUUUCUAGGUGAGGAAGAUUAUUUGAGACCACAUGGGGAAAGACUCUUGAAAUCAUUUGUCAAUCCUGUAGUCAUUCAUCACCCCAAGGGCCAUACCGUGCCAAGACUCGAUGAAAAGAGCAUUGAAAUUAUGCUUAAUUUCAUUGAGAAGAUUCAGAUGAAGACAAUGUCUAACAACGGAGCUACUGACGACGAACAGAAAGAAAUAUACGUGGACUAGAAUUCUUUGUGCGAAUCCAAAUUUGAUAGUAUAUAUAUUCGUUUUUCCCACUACGUUGAAUUACCUCUCAAUGGGUAUUAGCUAUUUUAUGGCAUUGCAAUCAUAUCGAGAGAUGAGUUUUACUCAUGCAAUCUGUAAAACCCUUUCGGUGGUAAUGUUGUGAUGGAACCCAGGGUGAUGAACAAGAGUGAAAUUCUUGUUAAGUCAUGACUCAGAGCUAUAAUUGAAAUCUGUCUUUCUUUUAGCCAUAAAUUUGCUACUAGUUGAUUCACAUGGCCGCUUGAGAGGUUAAUUAGAAAUGGAAUUGAGGGUAUUGAAAUCUGUCUACUUUCA